ACAGUUUUUUAAACCAGAAUCUAGAGACAGGCAUCGGGAAAACUGAGCAGGAAUACCACAUUAAUCAGAAAGAGAAGACAACCAGCGAAACGGAAGACAAGAAGAGAAAAGAAGAAAGGGGCUCUCUGGACUGACUCUUACUCAGCACCCCAGAGACCCCAUCCACAAUGUACAGGUCUACCAAAGGCGCCUCAAAAGCCAGAAGGGAUCAGAUUAAUGCAGAGAUUCGAAACUUGAAAGAUCUCCUUCCUAUCUCUGAAAGCGACAAAGUGCGGCUAUCUUACCUUCACAUCAUGUCACUUGCUUGUAUUUAUACCAGAAAGUCUGUUUUCUUCUCAAGAGAUCAACAGGUAAAUGAGUUAGAAGGUCUGCUUUCCAGCCAAGACUUACAAGAUUUUGUCCACAACCUUCCUGGAUUUCUGCUAACUUAUACAAGUGAAGGGAAGCUGAUAUAUGUAUCAGAAAAUGUGAUUGAUCAUCUAGGACAUUCAAUGGUUGAUUUGGUCGCCCAAGGAGAUAGCAUCUAUGACAUCAUUGACCCGUCUGAUCAUUUUGUCAUGAGAAAUCAGCUGGCUCUCCCAUCUUCUCUUGAAAGUGAGAGAAUGUUCAGGUGCAGAUUCAAUACUUCAAAGACAGCCAGGAGACAGAGUGCCGGUAACAAGCUCGUCCUCAUAAGAGGAAUGUUUCAGCAGUCCCCAUCUGGCACCUACUGGUCAUCUAAUCCAGUUUUCACAGCCCUCUGCAUUCCUCUUGACCCAAAGCCAAGAAUAACCCACAACCAUUUCCUAGCAGACAUUUUUGAGAGUCGUCAUGCCAAGAACCUUUCCGUGCUUGAUGUACCAGCAGAGAGUACCAUUUUGCACUUGGGCUACGAGAAGAAUGAGUUGGUCGGCAAGUCGUGGUACAGCCUAAUUCAUCCUGAAGAUCUCACCCAACUCUCCACACAGCAUUACAGACUACUAAACGAGUCUACUGAAUGCAGAGCAGAAGUGGUUGUACGUCUGCAGAGAAAUGAUCAACAAUGGAUAUGGGUGUAUUCUCUCAUGUUACUGGAAAACAAUGAAGCCCCAAUUACUUCAUAUAACUACAUAAUAAGUGAGGCUGAGGCCUGGUGUUUGAGACAGCAGCUGACUUCAGAAGAGUCUCCGCUUACAUUUUCAGUGGGUGGUCCUCCUUCAUACCAAGAGACUCUACUUUCCCCAGCAGACCUUUCCAGCCCAGAUCAAGUCUUCACUCCCCUCACAAAUACACCUACAAGCAUCACCCAGUCCUUUGAGUUCUCAGAGCCUGUGUCUGUCAGCCCAGAAGACCCAAUCUUGUGCCAGAAUACUACACCACUUAUGGAAGAUGCAGUUGCUGCUGAGGGACAAUUAGAAAACCAAUCUCUCUUUUCACUUUAUCAACCAGCACCAUAUGAUCAGAACUUGAGCAGGGAUCAGGUUGGAACAGUACCUCCCAAAGAUUUCACCUGCACUCCUCCAUACACUCCACACCAAAACUGUACAUUCCUCUUUGGGGCUCCAGAAAAUGCUCCUCAGACAUCUUCUGAAAAGGACUCUACUACCCUAAACCCAGAACUGUAUUACUCUUAUUGCAGCUCCCUCUAUGAGAAGCUGCCCCCAACUCCAGAUAGUCCUGGGGAUGGAGGAGACUGCACAGUGAUGACAGUACCAGAAAUCCCUGGCCCUCUCUUUGUUGAUCUGCCAAUGCUUCCUGAUGGGUUAGUAACCCCAGAAACAUCACCCAUCAACCAAGCAAUCUUCAGGUAUUCAGAACAAGAGAAGAAUGAGAUAGAUCUCUUGGUUAAACAGAUUGGCUCUUUGGCCAAUGUCUUCAGUAAUGUGGCUACUAAAGAUAUCCCAUGCUCUGAGAGCAUGGCAUUGAGUGGUCAUGGACUGGCAUGCCGAAGUGUUUCCCUCCCUACUAGUCUUCAAGAUACAGAUAUUAGUCUUAAUUUUCCUCGAUCCUGGAAGAGCAUUGACCUUUCUCUGUUCUUGGCAUGUCAAGAGCAAUCUAUCCCCACCGGCAGCCAUCCGGUUUGCAGCCUUUUCAAAGACUUCCCUGAUUCUCCACCUUUUGCAGCCACGGGGUCUCCCUGCAGCCCCAUGGAAGAAGAUGAAGUAGGAGGGGACCUCUCCGUAUCUCCAUCUAUAACUUCGAAUGUGACGACUGAUCUGUCGCCAGAAGAAUGUAACUUUUUAGAGGAACUGAUGUCCUACAAAACAGACCUUGAGGCAGGUGCCUCAGAGAUUCAAUGUGACCGGUUUAAUGAUGAGUUGUAUCAACUCCAGUUUCAGCUGCAAGACGGCUUCCAUCAAGGUGAGCAAUUAAUAAGAGCUAUGUCAGGUUACAUGUUAGAUCAUUAUGAAAAACAUGAAACAAGUCCUAAAAUUAGACUAUCAGAUGCACAAUCAUGUACAAGUGUUAAAUAGUUAAUGCUAAAUUAUGGUCACAACAAUAUUAUUUGGUUACAAUGUUAAUCUUAAAACAUCUUGCCAAUUUAUAUUGAGGUUGAAGGAUAUGUGAAAACCAGGAAACUUAAAAAUUAUUGCUGCUUAGGUCUAAAGUGCUAAUGUAGCAAACGUACUAAUUUUCUCUUUUAUUCUCUUUCUGCAGAUGGAAGUGGAAAACCUUCGUUUUGAAAUAAGUCUGUGACUUACUUCGAUAUGUAUGGCAUAUUGUCAUAUUCUGAGCAGAUUUUUCCUGCCUUAUUAAGAACAAAACAAGACGCACAAAAUGGGAAAAAAGAACGACUUUCUGCGUCGUUCAACUGUCCCAUUCAUCGCAAAACUGUUUCGUUCCCUUUUUCUCUUUCAUUCCUCUACUCUCUUUUAUCUGGAUUUUGUGCACGUUUACAUGAUACAAGAGUUCUCUUUUGUUUUCAUUUGAAAAUAAUAGUGAAAAGCAAUGGCCCAUCUUAAAUAGUUAACAUUCUGUAACCAGGAUGUGUGAAACAAUCAAAUAAAAAAACAGUUAAACACUGUACUCCAUAAAACUUUAAACAUUUAAAAAAAAUUAUCCAAACAGAAAACAUUUGUUUAAAUGUAAAAAUGUGAUGGGCCAUUGUUUUGAAAGUUUUGUACAACAUGUCUAUUUAUACAAAAAAAGGGUUUGCAGAAUUGAACAGAAAGAGAAAAAAGGUGUCUAUUGUGUAAGGAAGUUGUAAGUAGUCUUACAUAACAAAAAAAUGUAUUCACUCGUAGUGAAACUAAAACUUGAUAUAUAGUAUUUAUAUGUUUCCUGAAUUGAAAACAAUUUAAAGGUUAAAUUUCCAUGUGCACCGAAAAAGAAUUGCUCCUAAUUUCUUACAGAGCAUUACUUCCCCUAGGGCCUAGUAUCAUGCGCUGAACCAAAUUGCAUUAAUAGCAGCAUUUAGCAUUGGUUAUAAUAAUUUGAAUAAAAUAAUGCAAGAAUAAUUUGUUGUAACCCAUAGCAAUCAAUUAGUCUUAGCAUCCAAGACCGUUAACCUCAUAUAUCUGGUUGCAAUGAGUUAUAACACACCAUAUUAUAAACAGCCAGGUAUUUAACAUUAUUUGAGAAGGGGUAUGUAAAAUAAAUAUUUAUUUGGUAUUUGCCCCCAAAAAAAUGAUUAUGCAAUUUAAAUCAAAUGCAACAUGUCUAAUAACGGCUUAGUAGAAAAAUGUACAUGGACCUGUCACUUUGUAUUAGUAUUUUCAUGUUCAAUAAUACAUGAGAUAGAAGGUAAUUUCUUUACAAAUUAUUUAUUUUAUUGGCCAGAUGUGUCAAAAUGACUUGAAAAAGUAAAAAAAAAAAAUCCUAGGAAUGGACAUUUAAUUCAAAAAAAUUGCAAAUACACAAUUCUGUUUUUAUAGGUUAUUAGGAUCACAUUCAUAUUUGAAUUAUAUAUCUGUGCCCUUAUUUUACCAUAGUUGCUAAUUGUCACUUUGGACUAAUAACAUUAAUUACUACCCAGCAUAAGUUUUAAGUUCAUCCCAAUACCCUUAUUCUACUAUAAGUUAAAAGGACAAAUCAACCUUUAAUCUUCUUGUUAUUUAAAAUUUUGUUGGACUUCAAAAUAUUUACAUGUUAAAUAUAACAAGAGGUAGUUCUACAAAAUAUCAAACAUCUAUUUCCCGGAGUGCAGUACAGACUGGGGUUACAUUAAUCCCAAACAGAUAUUUCAUGAGACUAACAAAGGCUACGAGUAUCGGGCAAUAUUGCUAAUCUUAUUCUGUUAUGUUGGGGGGGGGAAAUGCACAAAUAAUUGCAGUAUGUACCUUAAAUGUAUAUGCAUUGUGCAUAGCAUUGCUGCUUUCCAGUUUUUUAAUAUUAAUUCUAAAGCUUCUCAGACAUAUUUGCUGCAAAAUAUGCCAAAUAGUAAUCAGAAUUUAUUAUAUUGCCAUGAAAAUAUGGCUCACUGGAUAUGUUUUAAAGUACUGGUACACAGCUAAACUGUGCCUUUUUGAUUCUAAAGUGUAUGUGCGUGUGUGUGUGUAUAUAUAUAUAUAUAUAUAUAUAUAUAUAUAUAUAUAUAUAAAGUGAUAAUUGCACCUUUAAAGAUGGUGUAGUAUUUAAGGUAAAACUACAUAGAAAAAAAGUGGUAAUAAUGCUUGUAAUAAGCAUAGAAAAAAAUAUACAUAUAUAUCAAAAUUAUGGUGCUGUGGAGUGCCAUAAAAGAUGACGUAGGAUUUUGCUACGAUUUAAGUAUAAGGAUAUUUUUUCCUGAACUGCUGUUUUUCAAAAGCUUGAGAGAAAUGGUGAAAAAAAAAAGAAGAAAAAAAAAAAAGAAAUAAAAUGUACAUUUAUAAAUAUACAUAUUUAUAAGUAUAAUUUUUCUAAUGUGUAUGACAAACAAAUUUGUGUUGGGCUGGUGAUGUAAAGUCCUGGU